CAUGCUAUGUAAUGUUUGCCCUUAUCUUUUGUCUUUGCCAAUAUAUUCAACAAUUCUCUGCGUUUCAUGUCAAUACUGUCAAAAUGACUCUACUUCUACAUUUCGCUCUAUAUCUGCUUUUCUUUUCUUUUUCCACUGCAGAGCUUGUUAUCGAUGUCCAACCAAAUGUCAUAACACCGGAAGUGACGCAACACAUUGUGGUCAACUGUUCUGUAACCAGAAAUCAAGUUCCAACACUUGAUGUCAUCAAAUCUCUAACACUUUCUCGCUAUAACGAGAAACUCAAAGAAUUUGAGGCCCUUCUUGCUCUAGAAGCCAAAACUUUAAAUCUGAAACAGCUUGUACAGUUUCCACGUUCUCAGAUUAGUUUUGGAAAUCUGUAUGUAACUCUAUCUCUACAAAGUCCUACUCAGUCUGAUGCCAGAGUGUAUAGGUGUAAGGUUGAGGGAGACAAUGCUAAUGGAACCUCUAUGUCCUUAGUAGCUAAGCAAGAAGUAGAAUACAGAACAAACACGACCGCGUUGAUUGAGGAGAUACUCCGUUUGAAGAAUGAAGAAAAAAACGAUAAAUGUCCUUUCAUGAAAGAUGAGCUUCAUCAAAGACUUAGGCUUCAUUUUGUUGGAAGUUCUGAAAUUAUCAAGGAACUUAUUGAGCCUCUAACGUUAACAUGUUCGCUUCAGGGCUUUCAAUAUGAUGAGAACCAAAAUGUUACAGUUCAGUUUAUGUACAUUCUUCACGAGACGAAUGGCGUUGUUGCGACUAUAAACAAAGGUCAACCUGUUGUUACAACUAUCCAAGAAAAUAAUUCUAAGAAUGUCAAAGGUGAACUAUCAGAGAACGAGUUAAAAGCCUCAUACAUCCAAGUCACAUGGAGAAAUCUGAAAUCCUCAGAGUCUGGAAAAUAUUUCUGCGGAGCUCAUAUCAUUGAUUCUAAAGGAAAAUCUAAGAAAUUGAAUGAGAUGUUAAUAGUUACUGUAGCAACUGCAACUUUUGAUGAUUUGGUGAAAGUAAUACAGAAGUUGAUGAAACAGGCUGAUGAGGAUAAGGAAAAAAUACAAGAGAAUAAACAAAAGAUAAAGAACAUUCAAGAAGACUUUGAUACUCGUCAACAAAAUUUAAGUCCUUUUAAAGACAUUCUUGUCAACGGAGAAAAAGAUUACAAAGAAAUGAAUACUUCAGAUAGUAUUUUACCAGACAGGCCUUGUAAUGUCAAUAGCACAAAGCGACGCUUGGUCUUAAACCUCGCUUCCGGGCUGAAGGUCAUGUGUGACACAAUGACAGACGGCGGUGGAUGGAUUAUUAUUCAAAGACGAAUCAAAGGAAUGGUAGAUUUUAAUAGAGAUUGGCAGGAAUAUCGUGACGGAUUUGGAGACUACAACAUUGGUGAAUUCUAUCUGGGGAAUGAAAAUAUUUACAAGUUAACUUCUAGUGGAAAUUAUGAAUUAAGAGUUGAUUUGGAAAUAAACUAUUCUUUCUAUUAUGCACUAUAUUCCAAGUUUCAAAUAAUGAACGAAUCCAACAAAUAUAAAUUGAAGAUUUCAGGCUAUCUAGGAAAUGCAACUGACAGUUUGUCCUGGCAUGAUAACUUGAAUUUCAGUACUUAUAAAGACAACAAGAAUAAUAUACCAAAUUGUUUAUUUAAAUACCCAGGACCUGGAGGCUGGUGGUUUGGCGCUGGCCAUGGUUCUAAUCUCAAUGGUGUAUGGCGAAGUGACAGAUUUAACCAGGGCAUAAACUGGUAUGGUUUAACAGGAUAUAAAAAGAGCGCUUACUUCUCCGAGAUGAAAAUAAGAGAAAAAUACUAACAGCUUUUUUUUUUCUUUAAAUAAGACCUAAACGACGUAGAGGUUAUUACGAUAACUUAAUGAAUACAAAAGUCAAGUUCUAUUUUUUCUUUCACUUAUUUGUUCUGUCAACAUAAGAAGCAGUUUGUCGAUUUUAAAAAAAUAUAAAAAGAUGUAAAAGAGUUAUUUAAAA